CCGAGGUGGGCGGGGAGGUCAGGUGACCCGGCCGGCGUCCCAAGAUGGCGGCGGCGGCUGCGCCCGGGAGGCCGCGGCACCGUCCCGGCUGCUGAAGCGGGUUUCGCGCGGCUGGCGGCGGACGGGCCGGGGUCGAGAGCCGGCGAACGGGCGGCCGCCGCGUCAGCACGCCCCGCGGCCGGGGCUGGGCCGAGCGGCGGCGGAGCAAGGGAAUGCUCGUGCGGGCCCCGGCCUGUCCCUCCUCAACUUAGGGCGGCGGCGGGCCCGCGCCCCGGCUCCGGGGCCAUGGCGCUGAGGGAGCUCAAAGUGUGUCUGCUGGGGGACACAGGUGUGGGUAAAUCAAGUAUUGUAUGGCGGUUCGUGGAAGACAGUUUUGAUCCGAACAUCAACCCAACUAUAGGGGCAUCCUUUAUGACCAAGACUGUCCAGUACCAAAAUGAGCUGCAUAAAUUCCUAAUCUGGGAUACAGCUGGACAAGAACGAUUCCGUGCCUUAGCGCCCAUGUACUAUCGAGGGUCGGCUGCAGCUAUAAUUGUUUAUGAUAUCACAAAAGAAGAGACCUUUUCAACAUUAAAGAAUUGGGUAAAGGAGCUUCGACAGCACGGCCCACCUAAUAUUGUAGUUGCCAUUGCAGGAAAUAAGUGUGAUCUUAUCGAUGUAAGAGAAGUCAUGGAGAGAGAUGCUAAGGAUUACGCCGACUCCAUCCAUGCGAUUUUUGUAGAGACCAGUGCAAAAAAUGCGAUAAACAUCAAUGAACUGUUUAUAGAAAUUAGUCGAAGAAUUCCAUCCACCGACACCAACCCGCCAUGUGGCGGGAAGGGCUUCAAACUCCGGAGACAGCCUUCAGAGCCCAGGCGAAGCUGCUGUUGACUCAGCCUCAGCCUCAGCCUCAGUGGUGAAGUAGGUGGUCCUGAAAGCUAACAGGAGGGCUGGGCCCUGCUGCCAGGCUUCGCCUAGCUGGUCUGGGGUCUUCGUGCAAAAAAGAGUCGCAAAAAUUGACCAGUCUGUUUCCUCUUCGAAGACUAGCAGUGCUGUUUCAGUCUUCGGACUUUUGUUAUGUAAAGACUCUGGGGGACAAAGGGACUCCAUCACUGGCUUUUGACCUGUUGAAAAGGAACAUGUAAUUGUAUGGAUGGUAGGAUCCAAUUGUUGCGUCGUUUUGUAAUCAAGAUUUUAUGUAACAUUUGUAAAGGGAAAUGAGCACUUUCAUCAUUCUUGAGGAAAAGAAGACCUCGUGGAGAUUAUAAUUUCCUUCGUUUCACAUUACCACUGUUCUGGGGAGUUGUAUAAUUUAAAAUGUGGUAGCAUAUCGUUAAGUGGAGGGAUGGCGAUUAUUAUCUGAAGGUAAAAUGGGUUAUUUAUCGGACUGAUGGAAAUGAUUGCAUCCAUCUCCAGAGCACUUUCCAUUGCAUACAUUAGUCCAGGAUACAUACAGUAAGUUCACAACAACAAUAGCCCGCAGCUCAGCCUCUGUUUGCAUUCUGACCCUGUCCUGUACGUGUCACCAAACUCAUUAUUGGCACCUUCUGUAAUAAGCUCUAAGGAUCAGGGGUGGUGGUGGAGAAGCUGACUGGAGUAAAUCAAAUUGCAUAUGUUUAAACUGACUAACUGGUUUAAAAAGAAGGAAAAGAAAGUAGUGUAAAUACUGUCAAUUUUUUAUUUAACCCAAAUAUUUUGGUGGGGGAAACAAUUAUCUGUUGGUUAGCCUAUGUAAAGUUGUAGUUCAUAUUUAUGAGACCAUUGCUUAAAAAGUAUAAAUUAUGUAAAUAUGGUAAUAAAUUCUGUGUUUCAUUCCAUUUAA